UAAAGAAACCGUUAUUUUUUUUCCCUUCUUCUGUUUUCCUCUCAAAAAGUUUCAAGCUUCAGAGAAAUUUCAACAAUGGAGGAAGAGAAAGCAGCGGCGUAUUACGACGAGUUAACUCAGAAAGGAAGUGGCGCAGCCCGAUUCAAGCAAGGACUCGGCUUCUCCUCAUCCGCAACAACCACCACCUCCUCCAACGACCCACCAUCAAGGGGUUCAGCCUUACCUUCUUCAUCCUCAUUUCUGAGCAAUUUCGUCAGAGCUUCAAGCCCCACAAAGGAAAACGACAUUGACAAGAAAACCCAGCUCGAGAAUAUCCAAAAUAAGCUCAAAAAGAAGGCUCCCACAACCUCAAUUGACGCCCCGAGUGAGGAAAUUAGGGUUAGGGUUAGCCGGGAUAGAAGGAGAAGCAGGAGCAGAGAGAGAGAUAGGGAGAAGGAUUCGAGGGAGGGGAGGAGUAGAAGUAGGAGCAGGGAGAGGAGGAGGGGGAGGAGUAGAAGUAGGAGCAGGAGCAGGGAAAGGAGGAGGGGUGGUGGUGGUGGGGAUGAUGAGGAGCGAGAGAGGCUAGGAAGGCGGCACCGUGGUUCGGGUAACGAGCGGAGUAGGGAGAGGAGGGGGAGAAGGAGGAGUAGGGAGAGAAGUUACUCUGAUGAUGAAAGAAGGUCUAGGAAGAGGAGGAGUAGGAGUUCUUCGCCGAGGGAUCGAAGACGGUCCGAGAAAGGAAGAGAAGGUGGUGGAAAAGAAGGGAGAGUGAUGAAGAAAGAGGGUAAUGGUGUAGUUGAUUAUGCUAUGUUAAUUGAUGGGUAUAAUAAGAUGACACCUGCAGAAAGAGUCAAAGCUAAGAUGAAACUUCAGCUUUCACAAACAGCUGAGAAGGAUACUAAGAUGGGUACUAGUUCACAAUGGGAGCGGUUUGAAUUUAACAAAGAUGCCCCUGUAGAUGAUGAGGAAAUUGAAGCUGCUGAUGAUGAUGUGGCACUGGUCAAGAAUAUUGGUAAAACCUUCCGGUUCAGAUCUUUGGAGGCAAAAAGUGAGGAUAAAAUCAAGGAUGCUCAUGAUGAGGCCAUGUUUGGAGUCCCAGCUUCCGGUCCAUCGUAUGCAGCGGAAAGUGGAGAAGAGAGAGGGAGUGAGAAUGAAAACGAAGAGAUUAAAGAUGACAACCCAGCUAGCGGUCUCAUAAAUGAGAAGGUACUUUCAAAGCAACAAGGUUCUUGGCGAGAUCGCGCUCGCAGAAAUGUUGGAUGAUUUCCGGCAAUUACCUCAAAAGCUUUUGUUAAACUGUCUCUGAGGAACAUUUCGCGGAACACAUAUAGAUGUUGAUUCAGUGCUGCUAUGGAGGAUUACAUAUCAUUUGCUAUCAGAUUGGCUAAUGUUCAACAUGUCAAUUCUUUACUGUAAAGUCGAUUUCUGAAAUGGGUUAUAUUUUUACUGCUAUGUUAUGUUAAUACCAUCUGAUCUUUUGAGGAGCUGGUUAAUGGUAAAUUCCAGUCAUUUUCUUUC